AUGAACAGCAUGGCCAGAAGGCUUCUGAAAUCAGUGAGGCACAGGCAGACAGCGUGGCUGAGGAGCAGCCCUGCUCGCUCUGGGAAACAGCACCUUGGGAAACUGGUUCUGGGGAUAGAGACGAGCUGUGAUGACACAGGGGCUGCUGUGGUGGACGAUGCUGGCCGUGUUCUGGGAGAAGCACUGCACUGUCAGAAGGAAAUCCACUUACAAGCAGGUGGAAUAAUUCCUGUGGUGGCACAGCAACUGCACAGAGAAAACAUCAAGCAAGUCGUAGAAGAGGCUCUUAGUGUCAGUGGAGUUUCUGUGCAUCAACUUGCAGCUAUUGCAACUACAGUUAAACCAGGUCUUGCCCUGAGCCUGGAGGUGGGGCUGCAGUACAGCUUGAACUUGGUGAGCAGGUACCAGAAGCCCUUCAUUCCCAUUCACCACAUGGAGGCUCACGCACUGACCGUCAGGCUGACACAGCACCUGGAAUUUCCCUUCUUAGUUCUUCUGCUGUCUGGAGGCCACUGCAUCUUGGCAGUAGCUCAGGGAGUUUCAGAUUUCCUUCUGCUUGGACAGUCCAUAGAUAUAGCACCAGGUGACAUGCUGGAUAAGGUAGCAAGACGACUCUCUCUGAGGAAGCACCCGGAGUGCCAGAGCAUGGCUGGGGGGAAGGCCAUCGAGCACCUGGCUCGGGGGGGCAGCUGGCAGCAGCUCUCCUUCCCGCUUCCCAUGCAGCAGCAUCGCAACUGCCUUUUCUCUUUCUCUGGCCUGCAGAACCUUGUCAAUAAAGCCAUCGUGCAAAAAGAGCGAGAAGAAGGUAUUGAAGAAGGGGAGAUCCUGUCCUGUGCUCAGGACAUUGCUGCUGCUGCGCAGCAUGCAGUGGCUGUGCACAUCAUCCAGAGGACAUAUCGAGCCAUGCUGUUCUGCAUAAAAAAUGGCAUAUUGCCAUCCAAAAGUGCAACUUUGGUUGUAUCGGGAGGAGUUGCAAGCAAUCAGUAUAUCCGAAGAGGUCUGCAGGCUUUGGCAGAUGUAAAUGAUUUUGCUUUUCUGUGUCCUCCUCCAAGACUGUGUACUGAUAAUGGUGUGAUGAUCGCAUGGAAUGGCAUUGAGAGGUUACGUGCAGGAGUUGGCGUUUUACGUGACACUGACGGCAUCCGCUAUCAACCAAAAGCUCCCCUUGGAAUUGAUAUUUCAAAGAGAGUUGAAGAAGAUUCCAUCAGAGUGCCAAAACUAAAAAAGAAGAUUCGAUGGUUGGCACCUUAA